CCCACCAGCUCGGCCCUCCCUUGCCCUCACUGCCUCCUCCCUUGUGUUGGCGGCUGAAGGGAGGUGCUCAGCUGGGAGCAGGGGAGAGAGACAGCCAGCAGCUCCGAAGGACAGACACAACAUGAGAUGCAUGGGAGUCUGAGCUGAGCUGGAAUGGGGGAUUUUGCACUGUAGGUUGCUCUGCAGGUCUUGUUUUCUGGAGGGAAACUGAGGGGCUGGAUACAGGACACGGACACUGGAAUUCCAGGUCACAAGGGCUCCUGUGGCAGGGUUGGGCUGAUAUUCCAACCUCUUCUUUUGGUCAUGAUUACGAUGGAGUAGCACCGUACAGGGAGUGAAGACAACAAAAAAGAGAACCCUUGGAAGCAACUGAAGGCUGGUGUUAACUUCCAACCCGAUCCCCUCAUGAUGGGACCCUCUGUGGAGUUAUCCUGUUUGCUGCUGCUGGUUUCUGCUCUGGGGAAGAAUAUCUUCAUGGUGUCAGGAGGUUGUUCAGGUAAAUGCUGCAGAGGCAGAGACUUGAGCUGUUCGACCACUGACUGGAGGAUGGAUCGGGUGUAUGGGACAUGCUACUGUGACGAGGGCUGCGUCAGGACCAAGGACUGCUGCUUUGACUACUUCACAGAGUGCCCAGCUCAGGACUGCGCAGUGAGCGACUGGAGCUUCUGGAGCGGCUGUGCCAGGCCCUGCAAACCCUCAGUGAGGGUCCGUGUCCGCCACGUGGAGCGGCAACCGGGUAACAGUGGAGAGCCCUGUCCCAGCCUCGAGGAACGCAGCGGCUGCAGGGAGUACAGAGACCACCAGGGUAGAGCCUGUGGACUCCACACAGGUCCUGCAUUCAUCACCAGUAUGGAAUUUGGCAAAGGAAGGCCCAAACACGACCACUAUGGAAACCUCCUCAACCCUGGGUUUUGUGUUGAAUUCACCCUGGAGUCUCGGACACCCCACUGUACGGUACAGAACCGGCCUCACACACACUGGAUGCGCUACAUAACCGAGGGCUUUAAAGUGUGUGUGGUAUGUGAGCCUCCUGCCAUGCGAAACAAUAGUGGCAGCUGCCAAGGAGACGGUCAGGAAUCAGACAAAGAUGCCGUACUCCACUGGCAGGCCGUGGGGAACCAGCAGUGUAGCGGGACGUGGAAAAAGAUCCAGAAGACCCGGCAGUGCAACUGUCCACCACAGCACAGCUUCGUCUUCAUCUGAUCCAAGCAUCACAGCACACU